GCUGGCUCGCCACCGGCCACCGCCGCCGCCGAACCAAAACCAACUGCUCUCCUUCUCCUCGUCUCUGCCGCUCGCACGAGUUUAAAGUUGCCGCUCGCCACCUCACCUCACGCGUUCAUGCCCCGCCGCCCCCGGUAAUGGCAGCCGCAGCGGUGACCUCGCCGGAUCCCUUCACGUUCCACUGCCCCGUCGCUCCACUGUCGGCAGCGGCUCCGGUUGAGGCUGACGUCGACGAGUUCGAGUUCCACGUCGUGCCAGCCGCCGCGGCAGCGCUCUCGGCUGCCGACGAGCUCUUCUCCGGCGGGAAGCUCGUGCCUUUACACCGACCGGCGCCCGCAUCUGCGCCCUGCUCCCCUCCGCCGUGCCUGGAGGUCGAGGAGCCCGCGUCCGAGCCGACGUCCCCUCGUGCCCCGCGAUGCGCUGGGCGCCGGUGGCGCGACCUACUCCUCCUCGUGUCCAGCUCCAGGAAACCCAAGGCUGCCAGCGGCCGCGGCGGCGGCGACGCCAGCAAGUGCGCGGCGGAUGGGUAUCUGAACGCGCGACGGGAGACGCAUUUCCGGCCGCUCCUCUCGCGGGACUCCUCGUCGUCCUCGUCGGCGUCCUCAGUCGACUCGGGCAAGAACGCGCGCCGCCCGCCGGCGCCGUCGUCGUGUUCCCCGCUGCGGACGCGGUCGGCACCCGUGGCGAACCUCCUCCACCUCAUGUCCAGGACAAGAUCUACCGGCGACAACGUCAGCGCUGCCGCCGCAGCGGACGCGCAGGUUCGUCUGAAGCGGCAGGAGCCAGCGGCGGCGAGCGUGCUCCCGCUCCUGACCCGCGCCUCGUCCUCGUCCUCGUCCUCGGCGUCCUCCUCGGACUCCUACAGGAACCCUCGCGCGGGCGCGGGGCCGUGGCGGCCGCGCGGGCCCUCUCGUCCGUGUCCGUCCCGGCCCGCGGUGGCGGCGGAGAGCCCGCGCGUGAGCGCGUCCGGCCGCGUGGUGUUCCGCGGCCUGGAGCGCUGCUCGAGCACGCCGGCGUCGGCGGGCAUCGGGCGUCGUGUUCCGCGGCCGAGGGGCAUGGAGCGGUCCUACUCGGCCAAUGUACGCGUGGAUCCGGUGAUCAAUGUCUUCGGCUUCGGGCACCUGUUCAUGCCGUCGUCGCCGGCCAAGGAGAAGAAGGCCGACAGGGAGAGGGACGUCGCAGCAGGCCGCAGGAACAGGCCGGAGAAGCUGGCCAUGGUGCUGAGAGAUCCACAGGAUUAGGCAGCGGCCACGCUGGCAAUAAUGCAUCGGAUUCUCCUUGUCUCGAAUUUUUUUGUUGUUGUUUUCUCUCUUCUCCGUAUUAAUUUUCUCGCCUUGCUUCCGAUCGUUGUAAUAUAGCGCCGAUAUUAUUAGUCCAGUUUUUAGGAUCUGAACAAAGAAAUUCCCAGAGAAACUUUGGUGAGAUCUGAAUUGCCUCUCCGAACUGUAACUCUGAUCCUCCCCAGAGAUCAAUCAUCAUGCUACGUGCUACGGCUACUCCUACUCUUUGAACAGCACAUCUUCUGUUCCAAAACCCAAGCACUAAUCAAUAUGCAGUGUCAAUCACUUCAACUGAAGUA